AUGGGUAAGCGGGAUGAAGAUUGCGUUCGCGUACUCGUGCGAUGCCGCCCAAUGUCCUCGAAAGAGCAGCAGCAGGGACACAAACAAAUCGUCCAAAUCGACCAGAAAAUCUGCCAGUUGUCGAUAACGAAUCCAAAAGUGCACAACGCCGAUUCCGAGCGAACGAGAACAUUUACCUUCGACUCCGUUUACGGGCCAGACUCGACGCAAGAAGAACUCUACGAAGAAAACUUCCGAGGACUGGUGAAUUCUGUCCUCUCGGGCUUCAAUGGAACGGUCUUUGCUUACGGCCAAACUGGCACAGGAAAGACCUUUACAAUGGAAGGAGUACGAUCAGAUCAGGCGCUAAAAGGGAUGAUUCCCAGAGCAUUUGACCAUAUCUUCACGCAUAUUUCCCGAACCAAAGAUGAAAAAUACCUUGUCCGAGCGAGCUAUCUUGAAAUCUAUCAAGAAGAAAUCCGGGAUUUACUCUCAAAAGAUCAGACGAAAAGACUGGCGCUGAAAGAAAGAGCAGACACUGGUGUACAAGUUAAAGACUUAUUGUCUUACGUCGUGAAAAAUGUGCAAGACAUUGAGCACGUGAUGAACGUUGGAAAUCAAAAUCGUUCAGUCGGCGCGACGAACAUGAACGAGCACUCUUCUCGAUCUCAUGCAAUCUUCACCAUCAAUAUCGAGUGCUCAAGCAAGAAUGCAAUCGGCGAAGAUCACAUCCGCGUCGGGCGGCUCAACAUGGUCGACUUGGCGGGAUCGGAGAGGCAGGCGAAGACUGGCGCCGCUGGUCAGCGUCUCAAGGAGGCGACGAAAAUUAAUCUUUCGUUAUCUGCACUUGGAAACGUCAUCUCUGCGCUGGUCGAUGGCCGAGGACAUAUUCCCUACAGAGACUCGAAGCUGACCAGACUCCUUCAAGACUCGCUGGGUGGAAAUGCAAAGACAAUUAUGAUCGCCAAUCUUGGCCCAGCCAACUUUAAUUACGACGAGACAAUCACGACUCUGCGUUAUGCGAAUCGAGCGAAAAGUAUCAAGAACAUUCCGAAAAUCAACGAGGACCCGAAAGAUGCGAUGCUCCGAGAAUUUCAGGAAGAAAUUGAGAAGCUCAAACAGAAACUCGCCGGCAGAGGCGGAAUUCCUAGUGGAAUGUCUGAAGAAGAAGUUCUCGAACUCAAAAAGAAAGAAAUCGAAGAAGCGAAACACCAAACAGAAGAAGAAAAGGCAAAACUUAUCAAAGAAGCAAAAAAGAAAGCAAAAGAGCUGGAAAAGCAAAAAGAGAAUCAAAAGCAAAUGGAGAAAAAGCUAAAAACAAUGCAAGAAAAGCUUCUUAUCGGCGGAGUUACGAUUCUGGACCGGACGACGCAGCAAGAAAAGGAACUAGAGGUGAAAAGGAAAGAACUAGCGGAACAAAGGUUGAAAGAGCGAGAAAUUCAACUGAAGCUAGAAGAAGCAGCUGAAAAGGAAGAAGAUGCGAGGGAAAAUUUUAACACGCUACAACAAGAAGUCGAGAUAAAAACGAGAAAACUGAAGAAAAUUUACAGUAAACUACAGAACACAAAGGCUGAGAUUGAUGAGAUACAAGAAGAGCACAGGAAUCGAAUGAGAGAGCUGGAACAAAACCUGGAUCAGCUGAUGCGCGAGAGCAAACUUUGCUCCGUGUUUUUAGACAAUUUCAUUCAGCCUUCAGACGUCGCCAAAAUCGAGAGUCGCGCCUACUUCGACAAAGACAAAGAUAUUUGGAAACUAAAGCCGCUUGCUUCUGGGAUGGAUACGAUGAUGAAGCGUCCAGUAAGCGCUCUUGGCAAUCGAAGACCAAUGAGUCGAUUUUCACGGGACAUGGCAAUUGAAGAACCGACCAACCCUCGCUAUCGAUGCGACAAUAUCCUUAUUCUCGAACUAGAACUGCCAACGCGAACAACGAGGGAUUGGGAAGGGCCGGAUCCAGAUGGACAAGGUCUCCUCAGUCUUGAGAGGGGUGGAGAGCCGGAACCAGAUGAAAUGACACUUGACAGUGGCGACCAACGAGUACAUGGAUUCUCAUACGAGACACUCCUGGAUGUCCUGCAACUUAUCCACAAUGAACUUACAGUCUCAAACAUCAAAAACGAGCGCCAUGUCUCGGAAUUCCUCGACUGGUCGCGAGCCUUCACCCAGAAGGUCAACGAGCUCAGGAUACGAAGAUCGGACUUUGAUUUAGUCCGAGUCAUCGGCAGAGGCGCUUUUGGUGAAGUCGCCGUUGUUCGAAUGAAGGGCUCGAAAAAGGUGUUCGCUAUGAAGACGCUAUCAAAGUGGGACAUGCUCCAGCGAGCGGAAGUUGCUUGCUACAGAGAGGAACGAGACGUUCUAGUGCGCGGUGAUAGUCCCUGGCUCAUAAAGCUACACUUCGCAUUCCAAGACCCGCGGUACCUCUAUUUUGUUAUGGACUACUACGCUGGCGGUGAUCUGUUGACUCUCAUCUCCAAGCACGACGACAUUCUUGAAGAGCACGUUGCUCGAUUCUACUCCGCGGAAAUGGUCGUCGCCAUCGAUGCACUGCACGGAAUGGGAUACGUUCAUCGAGACAUAAAGCCAGACAACGUUCUCAUAGACAAUCGCGGCCAUAUCAAGCUCGGAGACUUUGGAUCUUGUCUACGAAUGCGUCGAGACGGGACGAUCUGGUCACGCACGUCAGUAGGCACGCCAGACUAUAUCUCGCCAGAAAUCUUGCAAGCUAAUGAAGACGGCCACGGGAGAUAUGGCAAGGAAUGUGACUGGUGGUCCUUGGGUGUCUGUAUUUAUGAAAUGCUUUUCGGAGAGACGCCUUUUUACGCUGAAGGUCUGGCAGAGACUUACUGCAAGAUUAUGAACCACACCGAACGUUUCUCCAUCCCAGAUGAUGAGAUUGAAGUUUCAGAAGCCACAAAGGAGCUCAUUAGAGGUCUUAUCUGCGAUAAAAGCACGCGAAUGGGUCAGAUUGGAAUCGACGAGUUCAAAUCGCACCCUUUCUUCGCUGAAAUAGCUUGGGACAACUUGCAGUCCAUCAGACCGCCAUAUGUUCCAGAAAUCGUUGGAGAAACGGACACGUCAAAUUUUGAUGUCGACGAUGAAGAUGCCAGAAUAGAAGCUCAUCCACCAAGUCUCGGUAAUGCUACUUUCUCGGGAAAAGAUCUUCCUUUUGUCGGUUUCUCUUUCAACAGAGAGUCGAGACUAUCCGAUUGCGGAAUGGAGCGACUGUUUAACGCUGGAGCUGGAGCAUCCAGCCGGCAAUCCGAAUCAAGAGCUAGAAAUACCGACACGCAAGAAAUAAAAGAUCUGGAGGACAAAGUACGUUCGCUUGAACUUGAAAAACAAUCAUCACGAAAAGAGUCCUCCGAGCUUCAGAAACUCCUUGAAACGCUAGAAUCGAGGCUGUCCUCCCAAAAGUCUGAGAUUUCAGAGCGUGAACAAAGCGCGACCGAGCUACAAACGAAAAUAUCAUCUUUAGAACAAGAACUUGAAACGUUAUCAAAUGAGAAGAACCGCGACCAGAUAAAAAUCCAGCAUUAUGAAAGUUACGAGCGCGACUUGAACGCAAAAAUAGAGUACUUGCAGCAGGAGCUGCGCAGCUCUGAACAUUCCAAAAAUUCACUUUCCGACGAGCUUAAUAUUGUACAGCAGCAGCAGCUUAAUGAUCAGCAGCGUAUCAUCACGUUACAAGCCAAAUUCGAAGAGCUUUCCAACGAGUCGGCUUUCCAUCGCACCAAAGGCAAAGAAGUCAAACACCUCCAACACGAGCUCGACGCCGUCAAUUUGCGUCUAGAAGAAACCUCGCAAAACCACUUAUUAGAAAUUUCCAAGACAAAACGCGAGUACGAGGAGCAAAUCAACGAUCUCCGCCACAAAGUUGAAGAAGAAAAGAACGAAAAAGAACAAAUCUACAGAAACUCGACAAACGAAUUCGAGCUGCUUCAAAACGACCAUUCUCAAACGAAAGAAAAGCUAAAAGAAGCGACUGCAGAGCUUGUCGCACUUCGACAGAACUUGAAAGACUUGGAAGAACAAAAAGCCAAAGAAAAUGAAGGCGUCGCGGAGAGAAGUGAAUGGGAAGAGCAUUUGCGCUCUAUUAUUCAGUGGGUUCAUGAUGAAAAGGACGCCCGCUCUUAUCUGGACAAUCUUGCCAUUCGAAUGUCAGAUGAGCUUGAGUCCAUUCGAAAAGCUCGCAAAGAAAACCCAGAAGAACCUAUCGCUCAUUUUGAAAACAACGUCCAAAAUGCAAAAACUCAAGUGACCCCGGGCGACUCUAAAGAAAACUGGAAGACGCUACGUCAAACAAAAGUCAAAAACGCUCAGAUUUUGGAUCUGAGGAGCGCUCUUCAGACGCAACUCCAGAAAACGUCGGAAGUAGAGCAUGAAAACACCCUCCUCAGAAGAAAGCUUGAAGAAGUCGAGCAAGAUCUCACCCAAGCCAGGAUGAAGAUACAGGACAUCGAGCAAAGCUCCUAUCAUCACAGCGUAUCCGAUCAUUCGCCUUAUCCAGACAAUGGUCGAUUUGGAUAUGAAGAUUCUGACUCUCGAUCUGGUCGCUCUAGUCCCGUCGGGCAAAAGUCUGCGCCGUCUCAAGUUGGAAAACUGACGGACAGAGAUCUGUAUAAUAUACCAGCGCGGGGUAUUCCAGCGAAGCAACACUUGUUCAUGGUUCGGACAUUUUCAGAGCCAACUCAAUGCCAAAUCUGCGCUACAUACAUGACAGGCUUAUGGAGACAAGGCGUCAUUUGCAGCGAGUGUUGGCUUCCUUGUCAUAUUAGUUGCGCCAAAGACGCGCCUCAACUUUGCCCCGGAUCCGAAGAAAAUCAAACCUGGCCUAAUCAAGUUGGAUUUGAAAUGAUCGAUCUUGCCAGAAAUCAAGGCACAGUCAUGAGCGGCUACGUGUCUAUUCCCAAGCCAAAAGGGGUGAAAAAGGGAUGGCAGAAGCACUUCGCCGUCAUUACUGGAAACCGAUUGAUCAUGUUUCCGCUGAAAGAUACAAAAAAUCAGGAAAUUCUACAAGUGCCAAAUAUUGUCGUUGAUCUCAAAGAUCGAUUUUUAACCGUUGAAAAAGUUGUCCAACAGGACGUUAUCCAUGCAAAUAAACGAGACCUUCCCAAUAUCUUCAAGUUGAGCUCAUGUUCUAUAAACAGAACAGUUUUCGAAUCUGUUCCCUUCCAGUUCAAUUCCUUCUUAAUAAUGUGUGGUGCCGGAGACAGGCAAAAAUGGAUCUCUGCGAUAAAGAAAAUGCACGACUUGUUGAUGAAGCAUCGGACUGAGCUGGUCCCAUCGCUGGGAUUCUUCGAAAUUUACGAUCCAAACUUGGUUCUUAUCAAAAACACUCACUGUGCCAAAGUUAUCGACAGAAAUCGAGUUCUUCUUGGCACCGAUGAUGGGCUUUAUUGUGCAGAAUUGGCAAAAGAUGAAUUUGUUAGGAUAGCAGACAAGCGUGUUUCGGACAUCCGACUGUGUCUCGAUGUUGAUAUCAUCACGAUUAUUUCUGGAAACAGAAAAACGGUCCGAUUGUUUCCGAUUUCUGCUGCUAUCAGCGGCCAUUAUGACCAAGAGCCGCCAAAACUCGAGGAGACCAGAGGAUGUUAUAAUAUGGCAACAGGGAUGUAUAAGCACGGGCAAGUAGCGUUGCUCGCUGUUGCGAAACCCAAACAUGUUCUUGUAUAUGAAAUGUUUCCCUCGACGGAGCUUCGGACGUCUUUACCCCGUUAUCGCAAGGUCAAGGAGAUUCCCUGCGAAGCUCACGUUCAGUUCCUUGAAAUAUUCAACGACCGCGUCUGUAUUGGUACCGAAACGGGAGUCGCUUUUUAUUCAGUACAGGCAACUGCGCCGCUUUAUUUGCUCAAUACGCAAAACAAUAACCAUCCUUUGUACCAGCUUCUAAAUUACCGACCAAUGGACGUCCUCGCUGUUGUUGAUCUGAGCCCCGCUUACGAAGAAUAUCUCGUCUGCACUUCCUCCUUUGGAAUCUACAUUUCGCCCGAUGGAAGCAAUCGUUCUCGCCAAUCUGAGAUCAUGUGGACCAGUCCACCGAUUUCAAUAAGAACGCUUCGUUUGGAUGAUGGUUCUGAACAGCCACAAUGUUUAGUCGUUGUUUACACCGAGUCAACUGUAGAUAUUUACGAUGGUGCACAGUUAUCGAUACACACCUCCGAUGAGGACCAAAAGCGCCUGUGUAUUCUUCAUUUUGAAGCUCAGUCAGAAGAAAUUCAUCUACCACAGAAGAUUCGCCCGAAUGGCAAGCGAAACCUCCAGAGAGUCGGAAAGCGGAAACUUAUCUACAAAUCAGCUGAUGCUGAAAGAUCAAAGUCGCUGCGUGGUCAAAUUCAGGAAGGUGGGAAGGUGAGUCUCAUCUCCGGACCAUCUGAUUUCCGUCACGUGACGCACAUGGGCCCCGAGUCUGGAAUCCAAAUGAUGUCAACAGAGCCUGUUGCGGCAAAUCGAAAAACAAGCUUCAUUUCCGGCCCCUCAAAUUUCAAGCACGUCUAUCACUACGGCCCGGACGAUGCUAAUCCAAGACGAUUGUCCGAUUUGUCUGGAAAACUUGACGGAAUUGGAAACCUCCUGUGGCCACCGCUUCUGCAAGAAAUGUCUUAUUCAAGUCUGGGAAAGCGGGCGGCUCUUUUCUGCGAUUUCAUGUCCUCUCUGCCGGACGGAAAUUUCAACACUUCAACCAGACGAAACGGAAAAACCCUCCCUCGAUGA